CCAGCUCUUUUCUUCACUUCUCCCUUUUUAAUUUUCAUGAUACACUUGCGCACCAAGUAAUACUGGCCGCCCGACAUCCGCUCACAUUCACGAUAAUGGGUUAUUUUGGGGCGGGAUGUGCCGCAAAUCGGAAGCACUUGUACUGCUUGCAUAUGGGUGGUUUUUUUGGGGGGAGUCGUCUGCUUGCCUGAAUACCACGGAUGGGAUGAUCAAUUUUUUUUUCACACGUACGCGCCGUAAGACAAGGGGUCUCGCAUGGGGUUUUCACGCUUCCACAGUUUUGAGCGGCAGUAUCUCAAGCCGUUUGUUACUAUUCGACUGUUCUCGGUACUCGUCGAGGGGGGAAAGAAAAGCAAAGGAAAGGAAAGGAAAGGGAAUUCAAUUCCGUUGUUUCGAGAGGCAGUGCGCUCCCUUCUUGUUUGACCCCUCUGUGCGUCUUUGAUCUCGUCCUCCGCCCUGACUUAGCUAUCGCGCCUGUAUAAAAUACGCAUGGUUUGGACCAUCAUCAUGGC